UAUUGACGUUGUUGCAAAAUAGCAUAAGUGGCAUUCGGAAAUGUGCUUGGAAUAAAAUCAGUCGUGAGUGUGGAUCGCUGGAAGCAAUUAGCACAGUCCGAGACGAAAAUGACUGGAGUUUGUUUCAAGUACUUAGCCGCAUUGCUGCUAGUAGUCGGCAUCGUCUGCAUCAACGCCGAUGACACGGAAAACCCCGAGACAGACGCGGAUAUAUUUGUUUCCCGCGAUCGAUUGUUAAACUUCAUAUACAACGAGGACUUUACAUUAAACGUAUAUGUUCUAAAACGUAGUGAGGAAUUAUGCAAUAAGAUAAGUGACGACGAUCUAAAUACACUUGCAUACAAGAACAAAACAAGUGAAGCAUCUGACGAAUCUGAGGCAUUGGAUACUCGCGAAACAUUGCUGAGAAAAUGUGUUCGUCGUCUCAUGGCACGUUUUGAUCUCACAGGGAAUCACAAUGAUCGAGAGGACCUCCUGUUGCUUAAGUAUGGAUUUGAGGAUAUUGGAAAGGACGUGUAUCGAAAAUAUGAGGAAUUCUUUGAAGUGAUUUUGCGGCGCAUUGAUAAAUAUCUGAAGCGCUUGGCACCGGAGCAGCAAAGCAAACAGAUGGCACAAAAUCUGAAAGGGUGGUCAAGUAAAAUUAGAGAUGCCUCAACUUUGGCGGGCAAAGAAAUGGAGUUUCUAAGUUUCAUGCGAUUUUAUUUAUUUAAGGAAGGUGUUUAGUAUGCGAGAUGUUGAAUGCUUUAAGUUAGUUAUAUUGGAAAAUAAAAUGUUUGGAAAUGCAAGUAUA